AUGGACUCCUUUCCCUCUCCGCCGCUUCUUCCCGCACCGUCACCCCCCCGCGCUACCGUUGCGACCUUGCCUCGCCGCCUCGCUUCGCCCGGGCGCAUUGGAUGGGAACGAGGGGCGGCGCAAUGCAGGGCGGAGAAGGAGGCGAGCGGGGCGGAAAGGGGAGUGGAUUCGGGUAACGAGGGCGUGGUAGGAGGUGCGGCCAUGCGGUGGCGAGGCGGCCACCAGGACCGCGAACAACCCAAUGACUCCGACAGUAACGAAGGUUCGGAUCCCGGGCGCAGAAAGCGGCGGGAGCGGCGGACGUUCAGCAAAAGCGCGAGAGAGGAGUGCUGGAAGCAGGCAGCCAUGGUGGAAGGGCGCAGCGGUGAGAGGUGUGCUCGGGGGGAGGCGGGGCGGGGAGUGGAGGGCGCGGAUGGCAUGUGUAAGGGGAUGGGUGGUGGUGGUGGUGGUGGUGGUGGUGCGCGGUUUGUGCGGCGCAGCGGACGGCGAUGGGGAGGGUGGUCAUGGUGGCGGCGGGACGUGUUGGGCAACGUGGUGUUCCGACCGCUGCUGGGGUGCACGGGGCCGCUGUGCUUCGACUUCGAUCACAUUGUGCCCUUCGCCAAGGGUGGCACAUCUGACGUGCACAACUGCCAGGUGCUCCAGGUGGCAGCCAAUCGUGCCAAGGGCAGUGCAGUGAGUGACAGCUGGAGGCAAGACGCUCAGCCAAUGAGCACACGUCAACCAUCCGGCGAGGACAUGGAUGUAUUGGAGCUAGCAGCAUAUGGGGACGUGUGGCAUGGCACCACGCGCUACGUGCUGCACUCCCCUGCAUGUGACCGUCUGCAGCAUCCCUCCAGCACCAGACGUGCCUCUGCUGGCACCAUGAAGCACAGCAAAGUGGGUGGCAGCAAGGCUGCUGCCAGCAGUGCGAGAGGAAGUGGGUGCACAUUGCAGUGA